UCCCCUCUCAGAUGCCCCCUUCAGUGCUGUCUAUGUUUCUGCAGAGUUGACACUUUGAGCAGCCACGACUACCAACUUUUCCAAACCAUGCGAUUUACCAUUGAAGAGAUAAACAAUUCCAGCAGCCUCCUCCCCAACAUCACUUUGGGCUACGAGAUCUAUGAUGUAUGCUCAGAGUCUGCCAACGUAUAUGCAACACUGGGUGUCCUCGCCCAGAGCAUGCGGUGCCGUGUGGAGAUGAUCAGCAACUUUUCACACUACCAGCCCAGGGCUCUGGCUGUGAUUGGGCCACACAGCAGCGGUUUCGCCCUCACAUCUGCAGCUAUACUGAGCAUUUUCCUCAUGCCACAGAUUAGUUACGAAGCCUCCACGGAGAUGCUGAGCUUGAAGCAUACCUACCCCUCAUUCCUGCGUACCAUCCCCAGCGACAGGGUCCAGGUGGAAGCCAUGGUGUUUUUAAUGGAGGAUUUCAGGUGGAACUGGGUUGCCAUGGUUGGCAGUGACACUGACUAUGGUAGGAAGGGGAUACAGACCUUGUACAAGGCAAUGACUAAGCGUGACAUCUGUGUUGCCUACCGAGGACUCAUCCCUGCAAACAAGAAUGCCAGCACCCCAGAACUGAAGAAGAUGGUUAGAGAUAUUGUAGGCACCAAAGUCAACGUCACAAUCAUCUUCUCUGACAGACGCAGUGCCAGGGUCUUCUUUGAAGUAGUAGUUCAGGAGAAAGUGACGGGAAAAGUCUGGGUGGGUACGGAGAACUGGUUGCUAGCCCCACUGGUCUCAGAUGUCCCUGGCAUCUACCAGGUUGGUACAGUGAUUGGAAUGUCAGUCAAGGAUGACCAGUUUGCAGGAAUGCAGGCCAGUGAAAAAACCCAGCCAGCUGCAUGUGCCUCUGAUUUGGGGGCUAAGUGGUGGGAUACUGGGAGCAAUAAUCACCUUAACAUCAGUGAUACUGGCCCAAGCUGCAAUCAGCUAUGCACACAGUGCCACUUGCUCCCUCCUACGUCUGACCCUAGGGCUAUGAAGUCCUCCUACAGUGUGUACUCAGCAGUGUAUGCUGUGGCUCAUGGCCUGCACAGCCUACUGGGCUGCAACUCAGGAGCAUGCCGCAAGGACAAAGUCUACCCUUGGCAGCUCCUGCAAAAAAUCAAGCAAGUGAAUUUCAGCCUGCAUAAGAACUUGGUAUACUUUGAUGACAACGGGGAUCCCAUAACUGGCUAUGACCUUAUCAUGUGGAAGUGGACUGGUGCAGCCUGGUCUUUUGAUACCAUUGGAUCUUUCAGUCGCAACCCCAACAGGCUGAGCAUCGAUUGGGACAGAAUUGUAUGGCACACUGAAGAUAAUCAGGUUCCUGCCUCCAUAUGUUCCAAGCCUUGUGAAAGAGGAGAGAAGAGGACACAAGUGGGGCUUCACCGCUGCUGCUUUGACUGUGAGGCCUGCCCAGCAGGAACUUUCCUCAACAGGAGUGACCUCUACACAUGCCAGUCCUGUAAGAAAAGUCAGUGGGCCCCAGUGCAUAGUGAAACCUGCUUUGAACGGCAUAUUGAGUUCCUGUCCUGGGCUGAGCCUGUUUCCUGGGCACUGCUGACUGCCAUCACCCUCUUGAUGCUGCUCCUGAUGAGCACAGCCAUCAUCUUUGCACUGAACAUCACCACACCUGUGGUCAAAUCUGCUGGUGGCAAGAUGUGCUUCCUCAUGCUUGGUGCUCUGGCCUGUGCCAGCAGCAGCCUCUACUGCCACUUCGGCAAACCUACCUGGUUAACGUGCCAGCUGCGCCUGCCAGUCUUCUCCAUCAGUUUCUCCAUUUGCCUUUCUUGCAUGGCUGUCCGUUCUUUCCAGAUAGUCUGCAUCUUCAAGCUGGCUGCCAAGUGGCCUGCCCUCUAUGAGACUUGGGUGAGACAUAAUGGGCCCAACCUGUUCAUUGGAGCCAGCACAGCUGUCCAAGUGAUGUUGAGCCUGGCUUUGCUUGUGACCAACCCCUCAGUACCUCACAAGGACUACGAGAGGGUUGCAGAAGUCAUCCUUUUUGAAUGCUCCCAAGAGAACUCUGUGCUUCUCAUGUUCGCAGUGUUCUACAAUGUGCUGCUCAGCCUCUGUUGCUUUGUCUUCAGCUACAUGGGGACAGACCUGCCUAAGAACUAUAGCGAAGCCAAAUGCAUCACUUUCAGCCUGCUCAUCUAUUUCACCUGCUCCAUUUCCUACUUCACCACCUACAGCAUCUACCAGGGCAAGUACCUGGUGGCCAUGAAUAUGCUCUCCCUGUUAUGCACCCUUGCUGGAGUCUUUGGAGGCUACUUCCUCCCCAAAGGCUACAUCAUCCUCUUCCGAGCUGAUCUCAACACCACUGAGUACUUCCAGAUGGCUAUCCAGAGCUACACCACCAGGAGGAGCUCAGCCUGAGCUGGAGAAGAAGGGAUGGAAACCCUGGGGUUGUACCUCCCACAGCAGCCCUGCUUUUGGCCUCUGAGGCCUCCAGACCUCUCAGUUUCUUGGUGUGAUGGGGAGGGCGUGACUCAGAAGCUAGUACAGCAAGCUGAACUCAGCUCUGCAGCUGCUUUCUACCCUGACCACAGCAACUGACCUGCCAGCCUGGGAGGUGAGAGGGGCUGGAGGAAGGCAGGUGAUGGUCACUGUAGGGAAUGCUCCGUGUUCCAAGAAAUAGCUACUCUGAGAACAGCAAGGCCAGAGCUGAUCAAUGUACUCCCAGCUUUGUUAUUCAUGCUGCCAAAGCCCCAUGGCACCUUCUUGGAUAGAGCACAUGUUGCCCAUCAUGGUCCUUCACCUGCCCAUCAGGCUCAGUUCCUGCAAAUCAGAAGGCUGGCCCCUUCCUGAAGCCAUGUACAGGAACUUGGCAAGGAUCCAAGGUACAAGUAUCUGCAGUUUGGUGGGAAGAAUGUGGGAAGGAGCAUGGGUGCAGAGCACCUGGGCUAGCCUAGCCAGGGG